GUCAGUUCACAGCUGCUGCAGGCAGAGACACGGUGGCUCCUCUGUCCCCAGACUGAGCUUGUGAGUGACACCGAGGCAGAAGAGCCCAGAACCAUGCGGAGCCUCAGGGCUCUGUUUCUGCUGCUCACUGCCUGCCUGGCAGUGAGUGCCAGCCCCGUGCUGACGCCACCUGAUGACAUCCAAGUGCAAGAGAACUUCGACAUCUCUAGGAUCUACGGGAAGUGGUUCCACGUGGCCAUGGGCUCCACCUGCCCGUGGCUGAAGAAGUUCAUGGACAGGAUGUCCAUGAGCACGCUGGUGCUGGGCAAGGGGGCGACGGACAAGGAGAUCAGCAUGACCAGCACUCGUUGGCGGAGAGGCACCUGCGAGGAGAUCUCUGGGGCUUAUGAGAAAACAGACACUGACGGAAAGUUCCUCUAUCAUAAGCCCAGAUGGAACAUCACCAUGGAGUCCUAUGUGGUCCACACCAACUAUGACGAGUACGCCAUCCUUCUGACCAAGAAAUUCAGCCACCACCAUGGGCCCACCAUUACCGCCAAGCUCUAUGGGCGACAGCCACGGCUUCGAGAAAGCCUGCUGGAGGAGUUCAGGGAGGUCGCCUUGGGUGUGGGCAUCCCCGAGGACUCCAUCUUCACGAUGGCCGACAAAGGUGAGUGUGUCCCUGGGGAGCAGGAACCAGAGCCCUCUCCACUCACGAGAGCCCGGCGGGCUGUGCUGCCCCAGGAAGAGGAAGGAUCAGGGGCCGGGCCACUAGCAACUGAUUUCAGCAAGAAGGAAGAUGCCUGCCAGCUGGGCCACGCAGAAGGCCCUUGCCUGGGGAUGGUCACGAGGUAUUUCUAUAAUGGCUCAUCCAUGGCCUGUGAGACCUUCCAAUAUGGCGGCUGCCUGGGCAACGGCAACAACUUCGCCUCAGAGAAGGAGUGUCUGCAGACCUGCCGAACCGUGGCGGCCUGCAACCUCCCCAUAGUGACCGGCCCCUGCCGAGGCUACAGCCAGCUCUGGGCAUUCGAUGCCGUCCAGGGGAAAUGCGUCCUCUUCACCUAUGGCGGCUGCCAAGGCAACGGCAACAAGUUCUACUCAGAGAAGGAGUGCAGGGAGUACUGUGGUGUCCCUGGCAACGACGCCCUGGGCGAGCCCCACACCUACCUGCCGAGCUUCUCUGUGUCCACAGGUGACGAGGAGCUGCUGCCCAUCGCCAGCUGAUCGGCCCGCAGGCCACACGGUGGCGGGGAGGGUGCGGGCCGUGUCUGUUCCGGUGCCCCACGUCAGGCCGGGCCGGGUGACCCGGGUUCAAAUAAAAAUGAAAUUGUGGACUCCUGAAACUCCACGUCGUGACUG